AUGAAAAUUGCCUUCGAUCUUGGCAAGGGAGCUUCGACAGGAUACGUUCGUCGAGGGGUUUCGCGCAGGAGGAAAUUACGUGAUGACCUGAAAACUUGGUCCUCUACAGUUUCUUCACUGAAGCGAGACUCCACUCAAAAUGAAGCCCUCUACCAAGCUCUGGAAGCCCGAUCGCUUGUAUGCGGAAUAUGGACAGACCCGGCUCUUUAUGACUAUCAAGAGCACUAUUCAAAACCGGGGGAAUCAAACGUCGGGAAUAUCGGAGACUUUUUUUCCAGUACACAGGUUCCUACAGUUUUGAAUUUUAUGCUCAAGGAAAGCCAAAAUUUGAAACUUCAACUUGCGGCAUUAGCUUUGCUGAGAGCCAAAUGCUAUGCAUCCAAGAUGGCGGGGGAUUGCAAAACAUUCUACGAUACUGCUAAAAAAGCUAUCGAAGACGACUAUGACAUUGCAUUAAGCUCAGGAUGGAACGAGGCAAAUGAACUGGAUAAUUUGAUGGGGAUCAGGAAAGAAGCGCCCCAGACUAACUUCAAAGGCGCCCAAUUUCGCUGCCCUUGGGUUUUUGUGGUACUUGAUGUCUGUGAUAGAGUGGGUCAGUCUAUCGCUCAAUGA